AUGGUUAAUAUACUUCGUUUGUCAGAAAAACAAUCUGAUGAAGGACAAGAUAAUUUUUUUCUUUGGUCUAUGGUUAUUUUACCUAUAUUGGCUCAAGCUGCUUAUAUAUUUGAUGCAUUUUAUUACUUAACACAUCGUUCUGGUAAUAGCGGUUAUGAAGGUUUAUGUUCAACAAUUUUAAUUGUUUUUGCAUAUCUUCGUUAUUGUUCACCAAUUAAGAGACGUGUAUCACUUUUAAUAUAUUAUAUUUUAUUAUGUCUAUUAAGUGAAAUUGGUACAAUAAUUUAUAUGAUAACAUUUAUCUUAAAAAAGGAUUUAUUUUCUACAAUAGAUUAUAUUUUCUGGAGUUUACUUGAAUUUAUAUUUACAAUAAUGUUAAUUUAUUGUCGAGUUAUAAAGAAAUAUCAUAUAAAUUUUAUUGUUGAAAAUAAACAUUUAUUUCAUUUUAUGUCUCGAUUAGAAAUUAUUUUAGCUGUGUUUUUACCAUUUUUUAUAAGUAAAAAAUAUAUAACAGUAACGCAAAAUUCGAUUGCUUUUUAUUUAUUAUUUGAAUUUUUUUCUGAUUCGUACGUACGUUUUCGAGGUGUAUGGAUUAAAUUAACGUUAUAUUUAUUUGUUGCAACUGUUACAUUAACAGUUGCUACAGAAUGGCUUUAUUUUGCUGAAAAAAUACACUUUUAUGAACAAAUAUCAGCUGUUAGUGAAUUAGUUUCAGCUUAUUUAUGUGAUUUAUUAAUUAUUCUACAAUUUUUUCCAUAUCACUUUGCACCACUCAAUUUAAUAAAACUAUCCAAAGAAGGUUUUACAUUUCAACAAAAUCUUGAUAUGAAUACAAUAAUUACGAAUGAAAACCAACAUACAUCUCAAGAGAAAUCAGACAACAUUUUUAUAACUAUCGAUUCAUAUUGUUAA